UAAAAACUACAGCCUGAAGGAAGUGACUAAAGGAAAUGGGAAAGAAUGAAUUGACUCUUGUUCCAAUAUGUGUGAAUUGUUAGUAACAACAGAUGCUUAUUAUAUGGCGAUAUCUAAUCACCAAAAGCCAUUUGAUGACACAAGAAAAGCCAGUUUCCCGCCUCACACACACUCACAGUGAGGAAGUCAGCUGCUGCAUAGUUACGCCAGAUACUAAGUAUUGGUUGAAAAAGGCUCUAAAGUUGUAUUGGAUUUCUAGUGUAAAUACAUUGAGCUGUUUAAUUGCUAUUGCGGAGCAAAAAGGGCCUUUCCAGGUGAGUGAAAAGAACAAUAAUGGGUUCACAGAUGUAGUGGUCCGUCGUUUCCUUUACGCACAUCCUCCCAGUGCAUCCGUCUCCCAAUCAAUCAGUGAACACUGUUAUCACUCUGGGAUUCUAAGGCCACAUCACUCAUACUCAAAGGUUUCGGUAUAAAAGGUGAAGAUCGGCUCAGAAUCACCAGAUCUGCACCAGAAGCUUCACAUCUCUUGGACGUAGUUGUGAACAUACUCAUCUCAUCUCCACAGGUACAGUGCUGUUCUCAUUCUAAAUGGUUUAAAAGAUGAUAAAUUCUACUAAAAGUCUGCCUUUUUUUUUAUGCACAGACAUGUCAGGGAAAGUUAUGCUGGUGUUGGCACUGCUGGUGGCUCUGCUCGUGUGCGGUGCGGCCUCCUCACCUGAGACGACCAGCACACUCCAGCAGCUCCUGGCCAAGAGGGAGAGGGCGAGGGACUCGGCCCACAGACGGGAGCCGGCGCCUCAGACUCGCUCUGCACGGAUGGAGAGACGGGCACACCUAUCUGAGGACGAACGGGAGAUUAUGACCAAACAAGUAAUGAAAGCAAUUUCAGAGGUGAUGAACUCUGAGUGCAUGCCGGAUCGAGACUACCAGGGCUGGGUGGACUUCGGACGGCGGGACGCAGAGUGAGACGCCACGAUGACGACCUCAGAGCUCCCCCUGCUUUGUGUUCACAUUUUAGAUUUCAACAGGAAAUGUUUUACUGU